AGAACGUCGACCAGCUGCCGCGUCCCUCGCAGCCACCCAGUAGCAGCAGCUGCAGUGAUGCGAGCAGCGUUCUUGUGCGGUGUGAGCCCCCACUGCUCCGAGGCUGUUCAGGUAGUGCAUUACGAGCGAGGGCAGCGGUACGACGUGCACAACGACUGGUUUCAACCCGGCACCCCUUACUACCACGACAGAGUCUGGCAACGCAUCAUAUCGUUCUUCUGCUACCUCUCCGAAGUACCGGAGGGACAGGGAGGAUGUACCUUCUUUCCCGAGCUGGAUCUCCGCUUCCGUCCCAGCAAGGGCUCAGCAGCCUUGUGGUACAACCAGGUC